AUGACUAUGAUAAGCCUGGAGAUGUUAGGAUGCGAGGCUCUCCCUCUGGAAGGGAUGUACCAGUCGCGGCGGCACGACGUCCUGACGCCGCAGAGUAGCCCGGAGUCGCGGAACGUUCGCCAGGAAGGCAGCAGCGCGGAUCGUAUCGACAGCGUCGGCUCUGCGAUAUCGCACGGAGACAUGCACCCGUUAGAUCAGCCCGCCAUCGAGCUGCCUCCGCAUAUCCCGGAGAUCCUCUACUCCUCGAUACCGAAGUGCGGGGGAUGCCAAGAAGUUAUUUUGGACAAAUACGUUUUAAGGGUGCUGGAGAGGUGUUGGCAUGCAAGAUGCCUCACGUGUCGGGACUGCGGUGCCAGGUUGACCGACAAAUGCUUCGCGAGGAACGGUCAUGUGUUCUGCAAGGACGACUUCUUCAAGCGUUUCGGGACGAAAUGCGCGGGCUGCGGCCAAGGUCUGGCGCCUUCGCAGGUGGUACGAAGGGCGCAGGAGUUGGUUUACCACCUGACGUGUUUCUCGUGCGCCCUUUGCUCUCGCCAACUGGACACCGGCGACGAGUUUUAUCUCAUGGAAGAUAGGAAGCUCGUCUGCAAGCCCGAUUACGAGCAAGCGAAGGCGAAAGAAUUAGCGGACGGGGGAAGCAUAGACGGCGAUCAGCCUAACAAGAGGCCGCGAACGACGAUCACGGCGAAGCAGCUCGAGACUCUCAAGCUGGCGUACAACACCAGUCCGAAACCAGCGAGACACGUGCGAGAACAGCUGUCUCAGGACACCGGCCUCGAUAUGCGCGUCGUUCAAGUCUGGUUUCAAAAUAGGAGGGCGAAGGAGAAAAGGCUGAAGAAAGACGCUGGUCGGACAAGGUGGUCGCAAUACUUUCGCAGUAUGAAGGGCUCCGGUGCUGGCGGUCAUUCGCCCAGGCACGAUAAGCUUCUCGACAAAGACGAGCUGAAGGUGGACUUGGACUCCACCUUUGGUCAUCAUGACUUAAGCAACGACAGUUACGGCACGGUGGUGAACAUGGGCCUGGACGGCGAAGGCGCGAGUCCAGGCGGCGGUGGUAACGGAGCCGGGGGUGGGCCGCCCCGUGGUUAUCUGGGUGCGACGACACCUCCGUAUCUCUCAACGUCCAGAUCGCCGUCCUUACCACCUCAGUUCCCGUACCCGCCGGACGCCGGUCUCUCGGUGUACACCACUCUCGGGGGACCGGGCGGCAUGGUGCCAGGACCAGCGUCGGAUCUGAGCAACGAGUCUAGCGGCGGCGGCGGCGGUGGCGGAGGCGGCGGCGGCGGCGGUGGUAGCGGCGGUGGCGGCGGUUACCCCGAUUUCCCGCCGUCGCCGGACUCCUGGCUCGGCGAGCCGCCACCCCCGCACGCUCACCACCAUUCGCACUCCCACUCCCAUUACGCCACAUAA